CAUUACUGUUUGGGAAAACUAGGUUAGAAUCUGUUCAUCAAAGAAAGAUUUUGUUCCUAUUUUCUGAUUUCAUGCCCGGUUCCGUUACAUAUUCUCAAAAUUUGUGUAUUUAACGAUUAUUUUUUGCAGUUAGUCUUAUCUUUUUAACCCCUUCACCCAUAUGUGUAUGUGAAUUAUCCCUGUGUCUGGUUCUUGAGGCCUACUUUGACCUAGUGUUUCCUUCUAUGUUUUGUUUCCACUUAUAAUUUUAGUCUCGAGACCUUGAUGUUAUUUUCACUCUCUUUUCACGCUUUAUCACGUCAUUUUUUGAUUGGAAUGUUCUCUGUCAGCACCAUUACUACAACAUUUUCCUGACAAACUCUUCUUCAAUGUGAUGCACCGUUCGGUCACUGGAUGGGCAAAUUAGUGCUUCGGAGAGCCUUUUAUCGAGUUCUUAGUUUCCCCUAAAUUGCAGAUGCAAUGUCAAAAACAAUGACCAAAACACCUGUUGUCACUCGUCCAAGCAAGAGAUCUUAUGUCAUCCACGAUCUGUUUGAGGAGGAUGGAGAAGAGCCGCUUGCCAAUGAUGACGAAAAAGAGAAAUUGGAGUACAGGCGUCGUCUGGCAGCGGAAGAAGAAGCCGAAAGGAAAAAGUCGAUCGCUGGUUUCGAAGAUGGGAGACGGUCUUUCGGAGGGCACCUACCUGCCCUCACAGCUCAGCAACUCUCAGAACACUACAACAAUUGUUUACAAUUGUUCAACGAAAAUAAAAUCAACCAAAAGAAUGCCUUCAACCUGCAGCUUAUCGACUACAUGGCAAUGAUGUUGAAAAAGCGGGACAAGCAGAUGGAUAACUUCUCUGUAGUCAGUUGCACGCUAGAUGCCAGCACAAAAAUCUAUGCGUACCGUGUCGACCAUGUUCACUCAGAUGCCUUGAAAAUGGCUGGAGGACUAGCAGCUGCAGAAGCGUCAAAUAAGAACAAAUCAAAAGACAGUGAUGAUAGUGACGGAGCAGAUGGUGAUGGAGAAAGUCCCAAAGAGAAGGGGAAGGAAAAACUCAAACGUAGAAAAAAGUUCAAGCAAAGAAAUACUAUUGUGCCGAACCCAGAAUCUCUGAAUCGCAAGAACUUUGAACUUGGCUCAUGGAACACCCGAAUGUUGAUAGAGGCAGGAGAGGCAAGCAUUCUAUCCAAUGCUACGCUAAUCGGAGAGUCAUGUGCGAUGCAAUUAAAUAAUGAUACUAAAUACUGGGUAACUGAUGAUAAUAGCAACCAAGUUUUUCCAGACAAAGAUGUACCUGUGAAAAUACCAGAAAUCCCUAACAAUGCCAAAAUAUCGGAGACUUUGAAUGGUUUUUCCAUCGUCAAUUGGGAUGAAAAUGAAGACAUGGAUGAUGAAGAAAUGGAAGAAAAUGCAGACCCGCAGAAAACAGAUGAUACCUUUAUUGAUAAAAAUCUCGUUUUUGAUAUCAAUGAACCGACACAACCAGUACCUGAUUUUGAACCAGAUUAUUUUGAUGAUAGACCUGAUGAUGACUUCGAUUCCGACGUUGAAGAAGUUCUAGGUCAACAAAGGACCAAAACAGCAAGAAAAAGCACUAAAGAUGCGAUCACUGAUAUACACCAGCUCAUUUCGACAGAACCACUAGAGUAUUCGUAUUUUCAAAAUAGUCUUAUUUCGAUGUGGAGAGGCCCUGCCCAUUGGAAAAUAAAGCCUAUCUCAAAAUUGCAACAAGACAUGGAAAUGAAGCAAGGUCAGCAAAAAAAGAAAGAUAAAUUGAAGAGAGGCAAAGCACCCAUUGAUAUUUGUUUCGAAAGUCCGGUGAAAAAGAAUUUUAAAGUAGAGUUCAAACAGUCACGACAGACACAACUCACCAAAGUAACUAUCAUGAAGUGGAGCCGAGGUCGAGUAACCUCAUCCCCAGACGCUCACUAUAGUCCGACAUCUCUUUUCAGGCUAUUUUUAAGACCGUGCUUGUACGUUCGCUCAAAACCUCUGGAGAAAGAAGUUGAUUUAGAGGACGAAGUAGAGAACGUUGUCAGACCGUUUGAAGAAGCUAAUGAAGAGAAAGCUGCCACUGAAGCUGAACCAGGACUUGAUAUGACAGGGGAUCAGGCUGCAGGUGCAGAAAUGGAGAUGGAUGAUGAUCCUGGAAUGGAUAACGAUGAUGCGGGCAGUUUUCACAGCUGUGUAGCAGAUGAUGCUGAUCUCCCCAACACCGAUGCUUUAACAACUGAACCAACACCAAUGGACGCUUUUGUGGGUGAUAAUCUAGUCGAGGCACCAAACAAAGUGGCAAAAUUGAGCAUUCAGUAUGCUUUACGGCCAAAAGUAGUGGAUAUGAAGAAGUUAAAAGGUGCUAUUUGGGAGUCAAUCUGUCAACAGACUGAUAUAAACAAGGAAAACACCCCUAAGAAGUCUAGUUCUGUGGAGAAAAUGAAAUCCAUCAAGUUUAGUGAGAUAUUAGAUCAAAUAAAAACUAUCCUACCUAAGAAGUUGGCUGAGGAUCUGAACUGCUCCCUUUGUUUAGUUGCACUUCUGCAUCUAGCCAAUGAGAAAAACCUUUGUGUUGAAGGUGUGCCUGACCACUCUGAUCUGAUGAUCUCUCAAGGUUGAUUGAAGUCACUCGUUUGGGCAAGGAGUAAGUCUAGUUGAUGAAUCGUUACUAUUGUGUAUGUUACAUAUCUGGUUUGUUCAAUUUUUCUCAUUAAAUUUGUGUCUUUUUUUUCAAAUAGUAGAGUUGCAAGCUGAUAAAUACUGAAACAAGACAAUCAUUCAACUACAUUUGAAGCAUUUAUCUAGGGAAUCUACUUUUAUCAGUAAUGUUGAUGUGAAACAUAAAGACUAAUCAUUGGAAUUUUUUGCGUCUUGAAGAGAAAACCUUACUUUCUAGAGCUUACACAGUGAUUUCUGUGAGGAAAAUAAGCAAUCAUCAAUUUUGAGUCACCGUAUUACUUCAUCGGCAGCUAAUUUUGAUUAAAAUUUUUAACUUUCUUGACUAAAUUAUUGUGAACUGUACCACAUGUGACAUAUAAUAACAAAAUUAUCUGAACAAUUAGGAAUUGUCUUCUAAUUGAAGCUGUCUAUCUAUAGUUAUCAUUCUCUCUUAUGGUUUUCCUUAACUUUAGAUUUAUGCAUCAGCCCAUACAUGUGGAAAAAAAUUUAACAAUACACAUCAAUUAAAGGUUUGAAAAACUCAAGUUUCGAUCAGAUCUUUUUCAAAAUCAUAAACCCAGCAGUCAGAUUUCUUACUGAAGAGAGAUAAAAUAUUCAUUUAAGUAUCAUCUGUGUACCAGUCAUCAGCAAAAUUAGAUAAUCUUAUUCUAUUUGAUUUAGAAACAAAUUUGCUGUUUUGUCUGAGGAGUGAUGUUGCAAUCUGGCACUGCCCAUUUGUCUAAAUUCCUCAGAAUAUGCUUGUAUGAUUGUUGCUUGUAACGGCAAAAUAUUGCUGUGCAGGUGUGUUACCUAUUGAUUUUAUUGAACAAAAUAUUAACUGGAAAAAACUUCAUUUUAUGGGAACUUCUGUGCCUUUAACACUAUUAUCAACAGAACUUACUGAAUUAGUGUCUAUGCUAGGAUGUUUUUCGUGUUUUUAACAUAGUUUAUAUAUUGAUAAGUUGCCAAAAUAGAAAGGGAGAUCAAGUCAAAAUUUCCAAGGAGCGAGUUUGCUGAAACUAAUUUUACAAACCAAAGAAUGGAAUAAAUGUACUUGUGUGUUUUGUAGACUCUCCGAUGGAACCAGUCAUUUAGCUCGGUAAUUAUGAAAGUAUGUAUCCUUUGCAGGUUAAUAUCCAAAUCAGGCAUUUUGACAACUGCAGAGGCAAAUAGUUCAAUUUCGAAGGAAUCUGUCUGAAUUUUUCGGUACUUUAAAAGAUAAUAAUCGAUAAAAAUAAUUUGUAUUGAAUUUGACGUUUCAAAAUCUUCCGUCAAACCGCCACUUAAUCAGUACUUUAUGAAAAAUAAAGACAUUUUGAGAUAGAUGUUUACCUAGAACUGAACUUCAAAAAAUUAUCCUUAAAAGAUCGAACAUCUCACAGAGAAUUAUCAACCUCUUAUUUUGUUCAUUUUCUGUGAAAAAAAAGAUAGGAAAACUCUCUGUGAAAAAUCUCAGUAAUGUAAUGUGAAAUAGAAUAAUUGACUGUUUAUCAGGCAUUUGAAAAAAUGCUUGAUUUGUCUUUUGGCCAGCAACAUAUUUAAAUCCAAAUUUGUCACUCUUUUUUUAUCUCCUGCAGCAUAUAAAAAAUGUUCCUUGUGAAUUGGCAAAAUUUUGUGUAAAAAGUUGAUGAAUUACAAUGUAGAAAUUGUUGGCAGCCCAAUACAGUAAAAGCUUGUUAAGACGAAAAUCCGCUUAAGACGAAAUUUUUUUCGGUCCCUUAACACUUCCAUAAGAGUCAAUGUAAAAAAAGUAUGGAUAAGACAAAAUUUCGAAAUUUUGACUCAUAACCAAAGCCGGUUAAGACGAAGAAAAAUGUCCGUUUUUUCCCCCUGAAAUUGGGUGAAAACGACAAAAAAGAGCCAAUCCUUAAGGAAAAUAGACUUAGUUUUAUGUACCUUGACAUAAAAAGAGAAGGUUGAGAGUAGAUCGUGGGUAUCCUCUGUUUUGCUGAAUGACUGAGAUGCAAUCGACAGUUGACGAUAAACAGAUUUGCAUAUUUUAAAAAAAUUCAAAAUUUGGAUUUCGUAUUGUGUAAAAUUUAAAAAUGAUAGAUAGUAAUCUUUCAAAAAAUCAUUCACUUAAAAUAAUCUUUAAUUUUAGUUUGUGUGGAUUUUGAAAGCUGUCCGGAUAUUAAAACUGCUUCCAAAUUCCGGAUGGCUGAGAGCAGCGCGGAUACCAGCGCAACUUUCAAGCGCAGUUGCCGCUUAUGCCAAAAAAUUUCGUCUUAAGCGGAGAACGGUUAAGACGACAAGCCGCUUAUGACGAAAUUUUUUUCGGUCCCUUCAUUUUUCGUCUUAACGAGCUUUUACUGUACUAUGUAUGGUGAAAAAAUUUUCGAUCAGAACUAGGAAUUUUUUAAUCCUACCAUUCCAUUCACCAAUUAGGACUGUUGCAAAUAAUGGAACUCUCACUUGCGUAAUGGAUUUACGAUUUAAGUGCCUUCUCUUUUAUAAAACUUUGAGAAUAACACAGUGAUUUUCUUUGAAAGAAAUUCACAAGCUGAAAAAAGCUCUCCAAGCUGGGGCUGUAAUGGAGGGGACCUCCCACACUCCGCUGAAAGUUCACUUCUAUAUAAAGUCAAAAUCUCCAUACACAAAUAGGGAGAAAAUACAUUGACAGGGUUGCUAUGGCUCCAAAUUUGGAGUCCUCGAAGAAUGUGGCAACCCUGCCAAUGUUUCUGUUUCCCAUUUGUGCAUGGCGAGUUUGACUGGAUAUAGAAGUGAACUCUCAGGGUAGCGCCGGGAAUCCCCUCCAGCACAGCCUCAACUUUGAGAGUAUUUUGUAGCUUGGGAGUUCAUUUCAGAAGAAACCAAUGGCACCAUGAGGUUUCCCGCAAGUUUCCAUAAUGGAUAGUAUCUUAAUUGCAAAUUUUUGAUGCAAGCAAGAGCUCUAUUAGACAGGUUCAACAGAAUACGCUCAAAAAUAAAAAAAAAUGAAGUUUUCUUCAUCAUGAAUCAUGACAUACAUUUCCAUUUACAUAAAAUACUUUGUUGAAAGUUGAUUCUGUUUUCAUGUGCAUCAAAUACUGUGUUGAAAGUUGAUUUUGCCUAAUAAAUUUAUUUUUUAUUUUGUAUUGUGUGUAUAAUAUUUAAGCCUCUGUAAUUUAAUACUAAAGCAAUUGGCAUUCCUUCUUGAAAAAUAGUUGUACAAGAUUAUGGAAGCAAAGAGUUUAAGGCUUAUGUAAGUAACAGCCUUACCUAUAACAAGUAAAUUGGUGUAAUGUGCCACCCCGGUGUUUAAGUAGAAUUUUUUCUUUUCACUCUUCUUUAUUAUCUCAUAAUUUUUAGUUCUCUGGAAGUGUAAGGGUCGUUUAGUGAAGACUGGAACCCUUGUUUGAAAAAUUUUUUACAUGCUUUAUGAAUUCGUAACGUAAUCUAAUCAUGCAAAACAUAUGUAUACUGCAGCUGAGUCACACUUCAGUAGUUGUUGCACUAUCAUGGGACUAGUAGCUUUUUGUUAAAUUUCUGAUAGGGUCCCAAUGUUUAUUGAAUGAAUACCUUUGUAUCUGAACUUUCUUGUAUCUAUAUUUCUUCAGUUAUUUCUAUCUUAUUUUUCCUUUUUUUCCUCCCUGUUUAUGGAUUACUUUUUUUUCUUUUCUUUUUUUGUGUUAAACAUGAAAAAAGUCUUUGAGGACCCAAUAAGUGAAGUAAUGGGUUGAGUUUCGCAUAUUUCUAAGAAAAAAUUUGCUCUCGCGCAUCAGUUUCCAUUUCUCUGUAGACUUAAGUACUUAAAUUCAGUUUAAUAUCACAAUCAUGUACCCUAGUUACUUUAAUAUAUUUUAAGCAAUAUUUGAUCCCUCUUGUAACCUUUUUUUUCUCUUACUAAGUUCAUCCAGAAAGUAAGGUCUCCCAUUAAUUGUAUCGCUCUAGUUUAAAGUUUAUGCUUUUAAAUUCAAAAAUCUCUGAAUUCUCUUGCAUAAACGGUUCCCAAAAAUAUCUAUAUAGAUGAUUCCUUACUCCCUGGAUGACCCAUGUAACCCACUCUUUCAUUUUUUCAAUAUGUACUUCCUAUCAACUGACAAACUUUUGUGUUUGGCUGUAACUUUCCUUUCAUUUUGUACUUGCUCCUCCGGACUUGUUUAUCUUGAGGUGAGAUCUCUCAUUAUGGUGAAAAACAUCCCAUAAUGAAUAAGAAUUUAGUGAUAUAAUAUUUUGUGUAGAAAAUAUGAAGAGAGCAUGUGUGUAAAUAUUUUGUUGAAUCCUAAUAUGAGGAAAUUAAAUUUAUAUUGUUGAACAUGAUUAGUGCUUGUAAAUACUCAACAUGUAAACAAUUUAAAUUAUUUUUGAUGUGUCUCAAGUUUAGUUAGCUAAUAUAGGGAAGGGAAGAUUAAAUUUUGUGCAGUUUGUCAGUCUUUUCUUCUUUCUCUUUGCUCUUCAUUGUACAAACUUCAAUUAAAGAGGAAUAAUUUUCAGCCA